GCUCUCGCGCUCGUGUACUCUCUCGCUCUCGCGCUCGCUCGGGCGCUCUGAACAAUGAGUAUGUGCGGCGCGCGAGGAGCCCGGAGAAUGUGAGCGUGUGAUUUGGCCCCAGUGUUCAGCGCUGUGCGAUUCUCCUCGUGUGGGCUUUCAAUGGGCGAAGAACCCUAACCAUGUGGAUACCGACGGAACACGAGAAAUUCGGAGUGGUGCUGGCCAGUUUUCGGGGGACGGUACAGCACGGCUUGCCUCUGGAGAUCGGUGACACGGUGCAGAUCCUGGAGAAAUGUGAAGGCUGGUACAGAGGCUUCGUGCUCAAGAACCCAAAUGCCAAGGGGAUUUUCCCAUGCAGCUACAUUCAUUUGAAAAAUGCUCAAAUCAAGAACAAGGGGCAGUUCGAGACUGUGGUGCCCACGGAAGACACGGUCAUUACAGAGAUGACGUCCACAUUGCGGGAAUGGGGCACCAUAUGGAAGCAGCUUUAUGUGAAGAAUGAGGGAGAUCUGUUCCACAGGUUGUGGCAUGUGAUGAAUGAGAUCUUGGAUCUGCGGCGGCAGGUGCUGGUUGGCCAUCUGACCCACGACCGCAUGAAGGACGUCAAACAGCACAUCACUGCACGCCUAGACUGGGGAAAUGAGCAGCUGGGUCUGGACCUGGUCCCCAGGAGAGAGUUCAGCAUGGUGGACCCUGAUGACAUCAGCGUCACUGAGCUGUACAGACUGAUGGAACAUCGGCACCGUAAAAAGGAAACGCCGGUCCCAGCCAGCACACAUCACCUGUUUGUGCACAUGAAGAGUCUGAUGAGCUCGAACCUGGGCGAGGAGCUGGAUGUUUUCUUCUACAUCUAUGACAGCAGAGAGAGUCGACCAAUCAGUGAAAGGUUCUUUGUGAAGCUAAAUAAGAACGGAGUGCCAAAGUCUCCAGAGAAGACAGAGACACACUGUACCCUUUUUGUGGACUUGGGGAGCAACGACCUGAGAAAAGAUGUGUAUAUUGUUGUUCACAUCAUUAGGAUAGGGAGGAUGUGCGCCGGUGAGAAGAAGAGCACAUGCAGCGUGCAAUACAGGCGUCCCUUUGGCUGCGCUUUGGUCAGUAUUGCAGAUCUACUCACUACUGACACGAAAGAUGACCACGUCCUUAAAGUCUAUGGAUGUAACACUGAGAGCGAAUGGAGUCAAAUCCAUGACAACAUCAUAAAGAAAGUGAACUCCAGAUAUAACCAAAUAGGAUCCAAUGCGGGCCUAGCAGUGAAUCUACAGUUACUUCACGGGGACAUUGAGCAGUUGCGGAGGGAGUACAUGGCCAUUUUCUCUCGGGGUGUGUCCAUCACCAGGAAACUGGGCUUCUCUGAUGUCAUCAUGCCAGGGGAGAUGAGGAACGAUCUGUACAUUACCCUGGAGAAAGGAGAGUUUGAGAAGGGAGGGAAGACAGUAGCCAGAAAUGUGGAGAUCACCGUUUAUGCACUGGAUGUCGAUGGACAGAUUCUCAGGGGCUAUGUUGCAGCGGGUUCAGGUGAACCGGGGGCUGAUGAGUACCACUCCUUUGUGCUGUACCACAACAACAGCCCACGCUGGGUUGAGCAGAUCAAGCUUCCCAUCCCCGUUGACAUGUUCCGUGGCUCCCAUGUCCGCUUUGAGUUUCGCCACUGCUCCACAAAAGACAAGGGGGAGAAGAAGCUGUUUGGCUUCUCAUUUGUCCCUUUAAUGCAGGAAGAUGGACGAACUCUGCCUGAUGGCACCCAUGAGCUUAUCGUCCAUAAGUGUGAGGAGAACGCUAAUCUUCAGGACUGUGCACGCUACCUCAAUCAACCCUCCUUCAAAACCAACCUGUCAGGCAACAACCAAGCUGUGAAAAGCAGCAAGGAGUCCUUCUGGAUCACCUCGUUCCUCUGUUCCACCAAACUCACUCAGAAUGGUGAUAUGCUGGACUUGCUGAAAUGGAGGGUGCACCCUGAGAGGAUCAGUGACAGCUUGUCUAAACUGAAGGAGAUUGAUGGCUCUGAGAUAGUUAAGUUCUUACAGGAUACACUGGACACGCUCUUUGGAAUCUUGGACGAGAGCUCGCAGAGAUAUGGUCUCAAAGUCUUUGAUUCUCUUGUGCACAUUAUAAAUUUACUCCAGGACAGCAAGUUCCAGCACUUUAAACCCGUCAUGGACACCUACAUCGAGAGCCACUUUGCAGGAGCUUUGUCAUACAGGGAUCUGAUUAAGGUACUGAAAUGGUACGUGGACCGCAUCAUUGAAGCCGAACACCAGGACCACAUCCAGCGAGUACUCAGAGCGACGGAGUACAUCUUUAAGUACAUUAUCCAAUCUCGGAGGCUGUUUGCACUCGCCACGGGAGGCCAGAACGAGGAAGAGUUUCGCUGCUGUGUGCACGAACUCUUCAUGUCCAUCCGCUUCUUCUUGUCGCAGGAGAGCAAAGGGUCCAGCCCUAUCACACACACACAGGCGGUGUUUUUGCAGGCGUUUCCUGCAGUCUAUGGGGAGCUACUGAAGCUGUUCACUGUCAGAGAGGUGGCCUCAUUCGUGCGGGAGACGCUGGGGAGUCUGCCAGACACCUCACAGUCAGACUGCCCCCUAGAGACUGUCAAACUGCAGUGCAUUUCCAAAACUGUGGAGAGCCAGCUGUAUACAAAUCCAGAAUCAAGGUAUAUCCUGCUCCCUGUGGUCUUGCGCUUGUUACAAUCUCACAUGCAGGAGCAGCGGGAUCUGGUGAUGUGCGCCCAAAUACUCACCACCAUGCUGUCUAUCAUAAAGAGAUACGAUACGGAGCCAGCCAUGUCUGAAGAAGUGGAUCUGAUGGUGGAAAGCUUGCUCAGUGUGUUAUUGAGGACCAUACUGGAGAUUUCCAACCGUCCGCAGACCCCAGCGUCGACCCUGCGUCCACAGAAUCAGGACGUGACGGGGGAGUUUGUGUCAUGUCUCUUGGCUCUCCUGAAGCAGAUGGGAGAUCAACACUACCAGCAGCAUCUUCAGCGUUUCACCAGUAAAGAUGAGCUGAGGGAUUUCCUCCUGCAGAUUUUCACCGUGUUCCGGAUCCUGAUCCGGCCCGAGAUGUUUCCGAAAGAUUGGACAGUCAUGCGGCUCGUCACUAAUAAUGUCAUCAUAACAACAGUGCUCUAUCUGUCAGAUGCUCUGAGGAAGAACUUUCUCAAUGACAGGUUUGAUUAUAAGGUCUGGGACUCGUAUUUCUAUCUAUCUGUAAUCUUCAUCAACCAGCCCUGCCUCCAGCUUGAGACCUUCUCUCCUUCCAAGCGCAAGAAAAUUCUAGAAAAGUAUGGCGAUAUGAGGGUGAUGAUGGGCUGUGAAAUCUUCAGUAUGUGGCAGAAUCUAGGAGAACACAAGUUAAACUUCAUCCCUGCUAUGAUCGGCCCAUUUCUCGAGGUGACACUGGUUCCUCAGCCGGAUCUGAGGAACGUGAUGAUCCCCAUCUUUCACGAUAUGAUGGACUGGGAACAGCGGCGCAGCGGCAACUUUAAACAGGUGGAGGCAAAACUUAUAGACAAACUCGACAGUCUGAUGUCAGAAGGAAAGGGUGAUGAAACUUACCGGGAGCUCUUCAACAGCAUAAUUCCUCUGUUCGGUCCAUACCCUAGUCUUUUAAAGAAGAUCGAGAGAGAGACGUGGAGAGAGAGCGGAAUCUCAUUAAUUGCAACGGUGACACGUCUAAUGGAGAGACUGCUCGAUUACAGGGACUGUAUGAAACUUGGAGAAGUUGAUGGAAAGAAGAUUGGCUGUACUGUCAGUUUGUUGAACUUCUAUAAAACGGAGCUGAAUAAGGAGGAGAUGUAUAUCCGCUACAUCCACAAGCUGUAUGACCUGCACUUGAAAGCACAGAACUACACAGAGGCGUCUUACACACUGCUGCUGUACGAUGAACUGUUGGAGUGGUCAGAAAGGCCACUGCGGGAGUUCUUGAGUUACCCCAUGCAGAGCGAGUGGCAGAGGAAAGAGUACCUGCACCUCACCAUCAUCCAGAACUUUGACCGCGGCAAGUGUUGGGAGAACGGCAUCCUCCUGUGUCGAGAGUUGGCUGAUCAGUAUGAAGCGUACUAUGAUUACAGGAACUUGAGUAAGAUGAAGAUGAUGGAAGCCUCCCUGUAUGAUAAAAUAAUGGACCAGCAGAGACUGGAGCCCGAGUUCUUCCGAGUGGGCUUCUAUGGGAAGAAGUUCCCCUUCUUCUUACGGAAUAAGGAGUUUGUAUGUCGUGGUCAUGACUAUGAGCGUUUGGAAGCCUUCCAGCAGCGCAUGCUCAACGAAUUCCCUCAUGCCAUCGCCAUGCAACAUGCCAACCAGCCAGACCAGACCAUCUACCAGGCUGAGGCCCAGUACCUGCAAAUCUACGCAGUGACUCCAAUCCCAGACAGCCAGGACGUCCUUCAGAGAGACGGCGUUCCGGACAACAUCAAGAGCUUCUACAAAGUCAACAACAUCUGGCGUUUCCGCUAUGACCGCCCCUUCCACAAGGGCACCAAAGACAAGGAGAAUGAGUUUAAGAGUCUGUGGGUGGAGAGGACAACGAUGACCCUGGUGCAGAGUCUCCCAGGGAUCUCCCGCUGGUUUGAAGUGGACAAGAGAGAGCUGGUGGAGGUGAGCCCGCUGGAGAACGCCAUCGAGGUGAUUGAAAACAAGAACCUGCAGCUGCGCACACUUAUCACGCAGUGCCAGACACGCCAGAUGCAGAACAUCAACCCACUCACCAUGUGCUUAAACGGCGUGAUCGACGCUGCUGUGAAUGGAGGUCUUGCUCGCUAUCAGGAGGCAUUCUUUGUGAAAGACUACAUGAUGAAUCACCCAGAGGACGGAGAUAAGAUUGGACGCCUCAGAGAACUCAUGUUUGAACAGGCACAAAUACUGGAGUUUGGCCUGACUGUCCAUGAGAAGUUUGUUCCACAGGACAUGCGGCCACUGCAUAAGAAACUGGUGGAUCAGUUCCAUCUCAUGAAGUCUAGCCUAGGGAUUCAGGAGCUCCCGGCAUACGUGAGAGCCAGCCCGAUCCAUUUUCCCAAUGGAAGCCCGCGGGUCGGUCGAAACUCAAUGCCCAACAUCUUGAAUGUAGAGGGAGGACGUGUGGUGGCCCGCCGCAGUCCACUCGGCUAUCCAGCAGUGAACCGGUACUCUUCGUCCUCUCUGUCAUCGCAAGCAUCCAAUGAAGUGAGCAACAUCACCGGGCAGUCAGAAAGCUCAGACGAAGUCUUCAACAUGCAGCCUAGUCCAUCUACCUCGAGUCUCAGCUCCAAUCAUUCAGCCUCUCCAAACGUGACCAGCUCAGCCCCCUCCAGUGCCCGAGGUUCACCUCAGUUGUCAGAGAAACACAAACAUGUCCGGGAGAACUCCUGCCUCUCUCCAAGGGAGAGACCCUGCAGCGCUGUGUUUCCCAAUCCACUUGAAACCGCACAGAGGACGAUCCCGCAUCCGGCAGGCGAUGCCUCUCUGCCUCGCAGCGAUCCCAACAUCUCCAUUCCAGACAAAGUGGUCAAGCCUGCACCAAGCAGCUGGAGUCUUGACACAACGUUCUCUGACACUGUUGGAAAGCAGUUUUGCCCCCCAGUCCCUCCUAGGCCUCCAUACUCAGGGUCUCCUGCUAAAAAUGUGAGAUCCCAGUCGCCAGGUCCAGUGUCAAGGUCACCACAAAAGUACUCUGUGCCUCCUUUCACGCCCUCGCCCACGGAGUGCCCACCAGUAGGACUCGUACCCAACUCCCCAGUGCUCUCUGGCAGCUACAGCAGCGGCAUCUCGUCUCUCAGCCGCUGCAGUGUUUCUGAAGCCUCAGGCACCGAAGCCACCCCCUCUACCGACCACGCCCUCCCCACCUCCGCCUCUAGUGGCUCGGAUGAGCUUUUUCGGCGCGAGAACAAGACUCCGCCCCCUUACAGCAGCAACCCGCGGCGACCGGUGCCCCUCCCUCACAGCCUUUCCAUUCCCACGAGUGCUGAUGCUCCACCCAUUCCACCAAAACCCCACCAGCUUCGCAGUGUUAAGCCAGUGGAGCAGCUGCCCAGACCCCGCCCCCUUCCCAGGAAAGUCUCUCAGCUUUAGUGCUGCAGGAAGAAAAUACCAUGCACCACCGAUUGCACUUUCUUUCUUUGGGUUGAUAAACCUAAACUUUCAAUUUACAUAACAAACAGACUGGGUAUGUAGGAGGAUAUGGCAGGGGUGUUACUGCUAAUUCCUGCACUUUUCAGCAAUCACAGAUCAAGAUGCUCUUGCUCUGAGUACCAGGGCAUUUUUACAUUCUGUAAAUACUGAUAUGAAACGUAUGUUUUGCCUUAAGUAUUGAAAUCAGACUAUUUUACCAUUGGGUAAUGCACGUUUCUAAGUACAUUUUAAGUACAUUCUACUUUUUUAAAUGGCUCAGAGGUGCUAAUGGCCUCCAUUCAGCUCUUCAUGUAGGCACUAGAUAAUAUCCAUGGCUUUGUUGAUACACUUGGACUCCUAAAAGAGGCUGCCUUUUUUUUUUUUUUUUUUUAGGUGGCCAGUUCACCAAACUCUUUUAAUCAUCUGCAGGAGCAUGUUUUACAGGAUUUCAGAGGUCAGGGUCUUGUUGAUUUUGAGCACAUCUGUAGAUAGAACAGCAAUCAGUUUAUACAGAAUAUUCAUCCAUCACCUACUUGUUACGAUAAGGUUUACAGUUUACAUGAUUUGGUCAGCACUCACAGCUGACACUUCAGAACUAAAGUCUGACCAAACAGGUCAAAUGCUUGAGUUAGUUUACCAGGUAUUGUGCCAAAGGAACAGGAAAAGUGUGUUUAUACGGAGACAGUCAUGUCGUACUUUCAUUCUCCAGCUCAAGAUUCAUAUUAAGUCUCUGUUUUCAUGUUUUUACACUAUCAUUUUGUGGUGGUUAUUGUUUUUUUUUUUUGUUUUUUUUUUGAAAGACAGUCAUGUUAAAGUAUGAUUGGGUUUGUCCGUGGCAUGACUGGAUAUACCAUGACAGGCUGGUACUCACGUUACACUGCCUGAGUAAUAUUUAGGAAAGGAGCUGAAGGCAGAAGCAUCUGCCCAUGUGCAUAGCAGACGCUAGCCUAAUUAUGGUGCAGCGCAUAGUGACUGUGACUUUUUUUUUUUUUACGUGUGCUGAAAUUGCUGGAGCCUUUACAGAAUUGAAUCCUGCCAUUCUUCGUAUUCACAUUCUGCUGUACCAAUUACAUGUCCUAUUCACAUACUACGCCAAUUUAAAAGCGUUGAAUUUUGCCCUAGAUGCCAUAUCUCACUCUCAAAACUGCCAGUAGGAAUUUUAGGAAAUUGUUCAUUUGAAGGUCUCAAACACAAGACUAUAUAGUGGACUGUGACAAUAUAUCAGAGUAAUGCUUAAUUAUGACAUUAAGAUUUGACCAUUUCUACUUAUACCAAGAUUCUACUUUUAACAACACAAUACACUGUAUAGUAGUAUAUAUUUUUGUACAAUCUCAUUAAUUGAUGUUUUUAAAGCAGUGGUUCUCAGACUAGUCCUCACAGCCUUCCAGACGCUCUGCAUUUUAGCCUAUUAAUCAGUUUUAAGGUAUGAACUACAUAAGAAAAAAAAACAUCAUGGGGAUGUGACAUUAGGGAAAAAUAAUCAAUGAUAAGGUGGUGUGAUCUGGCUGGAUUAGUUACUGGUACCACCCUGAAAUGUAUUAUUUUCUAUUUAAAAUUUGCUAGAAAUUCAUUUUUGUUAAGUAAAAAACAUGUCAUUAUUUUUAUCCAUUUACAGUCACUUUUAAUGUUGUGGAACGUCUGGAAAACAAAUUAGAUCCUGUUAUGAUUUACAUUAUAGCAGCUGUAAUCAGUCAUUCCUUCACCAAUCUGUCUCUGAUUGGUUGUUGCAGUAAUAUACACUUGUCAAAUUGCCUUAUAGCCGGCUGUACUGCCAGAGCUACUGGAAAUUAAUCGACGCCUUUUGACCAAUCAGAUUUGAGAGUUCAAGAGCGCUGUGGUAUAAUUAUAGUAUAGAGUCUGUUUUCAGUUAGUUUUUCAUGAAAUAUGUUGAGAGAUGUUUUUUAAAAUUUGAUCAUUUAAUUUUUAUGUCUAAUUGUAAUGCAUCAAAAAUCACGUAUUUGCCAAAUUACCAUAUUGUAUACAUUCAUAUAUUGUCACAGCCCUAUUUAUAAUUUAAUCUCUAUAUUAAUCUACUGCGUUUUUUCUAUACAUAAUGAUUUACAGAGAAACCUGCUGAUUUGGGUAUUUAUAACAGUCCUGUCAGAGCCUGUUUUUGUGCCCCGCAAAUGAACAUUUAAUGGAAAAUACUGAUCACCUCUCUCACUGCUACAUUCUUAUUUCUGUUUAUUUCUGGAAAAUUAAAUAAUGUUCACAUUUUGUGAGUCAUUUUUCAAACUUGGAUUUGUUGAGAACUUUGGAUAAACAUCUUCAUACGAAUCAGUGCUUGAAAAAAAAUUGUAAAUUAUAUGAUAAUGUCCUUGUAAUUAUGCCAAAUACAAUACCUUCUCUAUUGUAAAUAUAAUGUUUUUAAAAGAAAGUGUAGCUAUAACAAAUUUACAGCUUUGAAUGUCGGAACAAAUUAUAAUUAUAAAUGUUAAAUAUUUAUGAUUUUUUUGGGGAGGGGGGUAGAACAACUGAGGUUGAGCUUACACAUUUACUGUACAUUCUAAUGAAUUCCUGUGUAAUAAAAUGUUUUCAACAAGCA